AUCGGCCUGCCCACCGACCGGAGCCCGACGGGUGUAUCCGAACAGCUUGUUUUCUCUGCUCCUGCAGGGCUCCCAGCGCCGUCUGCGUCUCUGUCUGCUCUGUCCGCUCUCUCUGCUCUGCUGCCGCCAUGAACAUCUCCAACUUUGCCCGCCCCAGAACGCCCAAGCCUGCCUCGCCCAUGUCCACCCUUCGGAUUCAGAUCAUCUCGGGCAGGAAUCUCAUGGCCAAGGACCGCGGCGGCACCUCUGACCCGUAUGCGAUUCUGAAGCUCGGGGACCAGAGCCACAAGACCCAAGUCAUUAACAAGACCGUCCAGCCCACUUGGAAUGCCUCAUUUGAUUUAAUCGUCACCUCGGUCCUCCACUUCAGCACUAUCCAGAUCACAGUCUGGGACAAGGACUUUAUCGGCCGAGAUUUUUUGGGUCAGAUCACGAUACCCAUCGUCGAUUUCCAGUCCUACUUUCCUGUCUUGCCCUUUGACGAUCCCAAGAAUAUCCCGGUCUGGCAUCCGCUGUUGCCUAGGGAUCCCAAGGAAGAGAUCACGGGCGACAUCCAGCUCAAGGUCGGGUUCGUUGGACCAAUCCAGGAAGACCUCAAGAAGCUGCUCUCUGCCAAGCCUGGCGGCGGUGUGACAAGAGCCCAGCUCAUCUCCACGGACGAUCCGAUCGACGACUUUUACUUCAACUUUACGCUUUCGUCGAACAGCAUCGAUGCCCUCGGCGACAAUAUCAAGCCCAGUGACAGUACCGACUCGCUUGACAAGCUGGGAACACCAACAAAGUCAUCGCUCGACCAUACCUCUCUGCUCGGCUUGCUGACGAUUGAAAUUGACAGUGCCAGCAACCUCCCUGCUACUCCAAGCCGCACCCGAGGCUUCGACUGUGAUCCGUUUGUGACAGUUAGCUACAACAAGAAAACUUUCAGAACUCGGGUUGUCCGACACAACCGCGAUCCUACCUGGGGCGAAAAGGUCUAUCUGCACAUCAAGCACGUUGACCUCAACAACAACUACUCGGUUGCCUUUGGUAUCUACGACUACGACACAUACUCGGGCAACGACCAUCUGGGGUCGUGCGAGCUAUUUCUGUCUGACCUCAUCAAGACCUGCGGCAACCAUCCCACUCCCGUGCCCAACAUCCCUACGGUGUUCCGUGUCGUCGAUCUCAAGCCCAAGAUCAUCAUAAAUCCGGAUUUGGAUGCCACCCAAGACGCCACCCUCCGACUUCGUGUGAGCUUUAUUCCAUACGAGUCGAUCCGACGCAACUUUUGGCUCACUUACAUCAACACAUUCGAUAGUGACGGCAAUAAGAGCAUCAACUACGUCGAGUUGCAGACUCUACUUGACAACCUGGGAUCGACCUUCUCGGACGAUACGAUCAACAUGAUGUUCUUGGAAAACAACAAGACCCAGGACGAGGAUCUCUCUUUCGAGGACGUCUUCAAGGCACUCGAGGCCCGCGUCAAGCCUAGCUUUGGGGACUCCAAGAAGAAGCGAAUGCUCCACGACGACGAGCAUCUCAUCCAGAUGAAGGAGUGUCCGGUCUGCCAUAACAAGAACAUUCGCAAUCGCUCCGACUUUGACGUCAUCUCCCAUGUGGCACUCUGUGCCCAUCAGGACAUGUCCAAAGUCGAAACCUUCCUCAUGAGUGGCUUCUUGACUGAGGCAUAUGCGUCCCGGAAGUGGUUCACCAAGAUCUUUUCCUAUGUUACUUUCGGCGGCUACGCCGUUGGCAAGAAUAAUGCCAAUAUCCUGGUGCAAGACCGCACGUCUGGCCAGCUGAUCGAAGAGAAAAUGCCCACCUAUAUCCGUCUUGGCAUUCGCUUGUUGUAUCAGGCCUCGGCAUCCAGGGGAGCCAUCGAAGCCAGAUCGAUCAAGAGCUUGCUUAAGAGCCUGAGUGUCAAGCAGGGCAAGGAGUUUGAUGAUCCGAACUCUGUCAAGGAGAUUAGUCGCUUCAUCUCCUUCCACAACCUCUCUCUCGAAGAAGUCGAGCUUCCCCUGUCUGAGUUCAAGAACUUCAACGAGUUCUUUUACCGUACCCUGAAGCCCGGAAGCCGCACUCUGGCCUCGCCAGACUCGAAUGUUGCUGUUUGCGCGGCCGAUGCUCGUACCAUGGUGUUCCCAACCAUCGAUGACGCCACACGACUUUGGAUUAAAGGCUCGAGCUUCACUCUGUCGAACCUCCUAGGUGACGCUCGGCUCGGGGAGCACUUUGCUGAUGGCUCUGCGGCCGUAUUCAGGCUGGCUCCUCAAGAUUACCAUCGAUUCCACAGCCCCAUCGAUGGCCUCCAGGGCCCAACGAAAAAAAUUGAAGGAACCUACUUUACCGUCAACCCGAUGGCUGUCCGCACAAGCGUCGAUGUCUUUACCGAGAAUGUGCGAACGGUGACAGUCUUUGACUCGCCCCAGUUCGGUAAGGUGGCCUUUGUGGCUGUCGGAGCCAUGCUUGUGGGCUCGAUCAUUCAUACCACCAAGGAAGGACAAGAGGUCUCGAGGUUGGACGAGUUAGGCUACUUUGCCUUUGGCGGAUCAACCGUGAUCAUCGUGUUCGAGAAGGGCGCCAUCCAGUUUGACUCGGACCUUGUCAGCAACAGCGAGCAGAAGCUGGAGACCCUAGUGCGUGUGGGCACCUCGCUUGGCGUCUGUACCGCUGCAUCGGACUAGCCCAAAGCCCCGAUGGUGUGGAGGGGGACAAGAUCGGGAGCAGGAAUCAGGGGCAGGAAUCAGAGGCCGAAAGUGAGCCCUCUACCGCCGCUCCGGACGAGAGAGAAGUGACGUAUGAAGAGAAACGGCGACUGUAUGAUCUGGCUCUGUGCAAAGUUGAUGAAGAUCCCACAGUGACUGCUCGCCGGGUGCCUAGUCGCCAUCACCAACACAUUCGAGCAGGCAAACGAAUAGACGCCGUUGAUUCACAGCCAU